AAGCCACGCCCAAACCAACGCAGCUCCGCUCUUCAACGCUUCGCGCCGCGCUCGGCAAUUUCCGGCCCCGCGCGCGCCGCUCCUAACGUCACCGCUCCGCUCGUCGCUUAAGCGGUCGCUCCUUCGUGAAAACUCGCCGCAGCUUCUUCGGCUAUUUCCGGAGAGAACUGCGGCGCUUUCUCUAUCUCCCACCCUCCGCUUUCCCUCUCCAAGGCGCGACGCCGCGGUGCAUUGUGGGGGCGCGCGCGGCGCAUUGUGGGCCGGGAGGAAGGAGGAGAAUUCCUCUUCCCUCCCUCCCCCCUCCGUGUGACUCGGAGCUGAGGUGGCCGCCAUCUUGUCCACCAGCCAAACCAUCCGCCGCCGCUGCUGCCGGGCUUUUGAGGCCUUGCGGGGAGAAAGCUCCGAAGCGGCCUCCUCCUCCCGCCUCCCCGCGUAGGGGCAGAGUGGAUGCCGGGUCCUUCCCCGGGUCCGUGCUGCUGAAGACCUCGGAGCCGGGCUCCUCGGGGAUGGGCCGCUCCCGCUCGCGGAGCUCGUCGCACUCGAAGCGCGUCAAGAGCUCCAAGCACAACAAGAAGAACCGGAGCCGCUCCCGGUCCCGCUCGCGGGAGAAAGAGAGGGCGAGGAAGCGCUCCAAGUCCCGGGAGAGCAAGCGGAGCCGGCGGAGGGAGUCCCGCUCCAGGUCCCGCUCCAACACCGCGCCGUCCAGGAGGGACCGCGAGAGGGAGAGGGAGCGGGAGAGGGCCUCCUCCCCGCCCGACCGCAUCGACAUCUUCGGCCGGACCGUCAGCAAGCGCAGCAGCCUGGACGAGAAGCAGAAGCGCGAGGAGGAGGAGAAGAAGGCCGAGUUCGAGAGGCAGAGGAAAAUGUGAGCCUUUGGGGUAUAGGGGGAGAUGGGGGGGGAAGCGACGCCAAUAAAGCCGCCGCCCCCCAUGGUCUCCGGCUAGUGAGGUGGUUUUUCCUGGAAGGAGGAGCUGCUGGUGGGCCGGCGGCGAAGGGGCGGACUUCGCAGCAGACGCUGCUCUUGGCAUAAGCGCGUGGGGGCGUUUCUGAUUUGAAAAGAGACAGCGGGUGGGCGGGUUUGGGCACGGAGGGGGAGGGAGCAGGAUGCAACUGUCAUGGAUGCUGGGGACAGGUCCUGUGUAGCACGUGUGUUGAAGAUCCUGCUGCUGACAGGUCACCUGGCUGCACGCCCACGUGCCAUCUGAAGGAGAAGGACAGCCCCCUUUUGUGUUUUUUGUGUUUUCCGCCCCUGUUUCUCUGUUGCAAGGAAGGCCUUUCUUCCUCCUCUGGCUUCUUUGGACUUGGCCUGCCUGCUGCUUGUCAAGAAGGUUCCGGCCUCUCUUCUUCCCUGUCACCUUUUCAAGGCUCCAAGCAUGCAGUUGCAUUUUCAUUUAUUGCAUUUAUUCCAGUAUGUAGAACCAUGGAAAAUUGUAGAGUUGGAAAGGGUCAUCUAGUCCAACUCCCUGCAACGCAGGAAUCCGUAGGCAGCUUUAUUCGCUGAAUUUACUUGACGGCUAUCGGGGUGGGGAGGAAAACCCGGGAAGGUUUGCUUGAUGGAAAGUUAUACCAAAGGGGCACUUUUCUGGGGUGAUUUCUUUACCUUGCUCAUGUCGUUGUAAUAUACUCUGCAGAUGCAGUCGACUUACACAGCUUUAUACAAAGUUGGACCAUGGGUCCGUCUAACAGGAUAACAACUGUGAGCUGCUCUCUGGGGUUUCCGACUGGAAGUCUUUCCCAGCCAUUUGUGCAGAUACCAAUGAUUAAAUAUGGUGUCUUCUGCAUGCGAGGCAGGUGCUCUUCCAUUAAGCUGCAAUCCUUUCCUUUAGAGGGAAGGUUUAUACAUUUUGAACCAAGUCCUUUUCCUAGACUGUACUGUCCGUAGCGGUGUAGCAAUACUUAGGAUGUGCACGUAGACAUAGAACAGUUCUCACUGCAGCUCUUUGGUGUUACUACAUUGCAGCCCAAGCUCUCACUGCAAGGGAGGUUUCCUGUACAUCAUGUUGAAGCACUCCCUCCCCCUCUCAUUCCUCCCUUAACGUGCAGGCUGAACUAAGCUGAAGGAAGAAUAGUGCUGCAUAUAGAGACUUGGUGAAGUGUGUGGGUUGCUAAAAGCUUCAGAAUGAGGCACAUUGAAGUGUUCUGGCUGCAGUGUUGCACACAGAACAGUUGCAGUCUUAUAGGAGAGAGCUAUCUAGAUCUGUAAUACAUCUCUGAUAAUUAUUCUUGAAUUUCACACACACACAGCCCUGGUUGAUGCCACAUGUAUCUUGGUAAGUGGGAAAAACAAUUCAAUAGAUUUAGUUAGAAAUGCUAGUGGAGUACUACUGGAGGAUUGGAGCCUUCAAAAACUGUUCUUCGUUCACUUGAUGAACAAACUGAUUUAUUCUAAUGCUAUCAGAAUCCUUAUACCAGUAUAGCACAUACACAAAUAUUGUUCUUUUUAUAAGCAAUGUAAGCUUAUUAGCAUUUUAUCUGUGCUCCACAUUUUGAACAGUAACUGGGUUAUUAACAGUGUCCAGUGCCUUACUCAUGCAGAUCACCUUGUGUGCAAAUGUGACACUUGUGGGCAGUGUAACAUAGGAUAAGGCUGCUCAUCCCUGCUUGAAGUAGGGAUUUUGUUACGCCCAGUGCUCCCUGCUCAGGAAAGGUGCUGCUGCGUUCCAUGAAUACAUUACAUUGUUCAGAGAAGUUGGCCACUCUGUGGAGCAGCUAUUUGCAUGAAAAAGCCAACAGAUAUAGUGUCUGAACUGGCACUGAGCCACUGUAAUUAAAGAAACCUUUCUGAUCUUUUAUUCUGCUUAGAGAGGGAAUAGUCUACCCAGUGUAAAUUAGUUAUAGCGCAUUGUCUUCUGGGAUUUAAAAAAAAUACAUAUUUGUACAUUUGAAAAACUAGUUCUUCAGAUUAAUUUUAUUUAGUUGACAUUCUUUUUCAAUGGGUUCUGUAGACACAUGCUUCUGAGUGUUUGACAGAAGGCCCACUUCAGUCUUAUGACUUGUGAAUGGUAUUGCUACAUGAAAUGCAUUCUUGCACCGAAAGAUCAGCAGGGAUCAUGUCCUAAUGAGAAGUAAAGUUUGAUCCUUGACUCAAACUGAAAAGCAGAAUUGAAGAUGUUUGAAUUGGUCUGUUCCUGCUAAGUAAUUAAAAUCUUGACUUACAGAACUGUAGUUCUGAAACUGUAAGAAUCCAUAGAUUGUGGGAAAAGCUAAUUAUCAUUUUGUUAUUGUACAAAUCAGUAUAUUUUGAAAAUUGUAGAAUGCUUAGAUGCUUGAUGUAAAGAAGGUAGAAUUGUCAAAGUUCAUUGGUAGAACAUGGGCUUACCUUUCUGGAUAAAUAUAAAAUCACAUAUACUUUAUAAAAAUCAAUGAGGUCCCUGCUUAACCCUGACACAUCAUAAUUUAAAAGGUGAUUUGGUGGUAGGCUAAAGCCAUUAAAUACCUUGGAGAGCUACUGUAAGCCAGAGUUAAGUGAGCUGUUCCAAUGGUCUUUAAGCAUAAGGCCGUUCAUCCUAACAUGCAGAAGGAAGCAACAUAAUGCAUUAUUUUCUUAUUAAAAGUUUUUGUACAGUAUCCUGGAAAGAACUAUCUGUGGGGGGUUUUGGGGGGGCAACCCUACGUAUUGUGUACCCUCAUUAGCUUACAUGAUGUAUGCAGCAUAGCGCACAACAACUUUUUAAAAGUAUAAUUUCCAUAAUGUAUACAACACUUCAUGUAGUCUUGUUCUGUUUCCAGUCUACACAACAGAUUCUUACACAUGUGGGCUGUCACAAGUACUGCAGCACACAGAACCUCACUUUUUACCACAUACUGUUUUAAUUUUCAUAGUGUCAAAGGAUUCAGCUGGCAGCAUGAGGAGUCCUUGUGUGUUGUGCUCUCAGAAUCCUAACAGCUUAACUGAUACCAUUCAGCAAAAAAUAUAUACCAUUGCAUUUAAUGGGCAGGAGUUAAGUGUAUGCUUCUCUUACAGGAAAAGGAGUGGGAUUUAUAAGAAUGUCACUAUGGCCAGUGUUUCAGGGCCCCACAGUUGCAGGAAAAAGUUUGAAAUUGUGUUGAGACAAUUUUUUGCCCCAUGUUCCCCUAAACACCCCCCCCCCCCGAAAUACACUAAUAACCUAAAAAGUAAUAUUUGGCUGUCAUGAUUUUCAGCACUACAUUAAGAUUAAAUGCUGCCUUGUUUUCAUAUAGCUAAUAAUCAAGGAGAUGAUUAUGUGACACUGUUUAAAAAAGGCAGAUUUUGCCCCUCUGGCUUGUUCUUCAUGUUCACUGUAGCAUAAAGCUUUGACAUUUCUGACAUUAAAUUGUAUGGUUAUUUAAGGUGAUAUUUAAUUGGUCCUGCCCAUCAGCGGAACAGACUUCCAAAACAGGACUACUUCUCUUCCCUGCAGCAACCAUUCCCCUCAGGAGGGUUGUGGGAUUCUCCAGAGCAGAUUGGGUGGGCACAGAGGGAGGUGCUGCAGAGAAGAGCAAGGAGAAGCUUUUUUUAAGCCUAAGUCGGCUUGCGUAACAUUGUGGCUUUUUUCUUUAUUCUCCCAGUGGCAUACCUGAAAACUGUUAAAAUACAAAAUAAACACCUAAAAUACAAAACUUAAUCACAUUAAAGCAAAGAAAUGAAAUCAAGUGCAGAUGAGUCUUUAAACUUCCAUCAGAUCAGAGCUCCAGAAAAGGCAGGGAGAAUAAAAAUUCCUUUGCCUGACAGCAAAAAGUAUAUAGUAGGCACCAGGCAAGCCUGUUUAGGAAGGGCAAUUGCACUGCUGUGGUGCUCUCUCUGAAAGGGCCAGGCUGUCUCCAUUGUAGCAGCCUGCCAGAUCUUACUUGGCAGUGGUACUUGAAGAAAGGCCUCUGGUGAUGACCUUGUGGGUCAAAUACAUACGGUUCAAUUAUAUUUUACAUAGAAAUAGAUAGUUUUUUAAUUACAGCAUGCUUGGCAUUGCUGCACAGGUGCAUGUCCAAUUGACAUGCGGGUCCUUUUGGAUCUGGAAGGCAAGGGGGGGGGCUUAUAUGUGCUCUGCUGAUGCAUGCAGGGGCCAGGAAAGCACACACCCACACCCUGUGCAAAAUGAUCUAUGCCUGUAUUUAGGGACUUAUGAAACUGGGGGCGUGGCGGGUGGCAGAAAGCAAUACUUACUGUUGAAUCCUAUAGUUCCACUUGUGUACAUAUGCAGUGCCUGCUAUGCAGAUGCACACAUCUGUGCAAAACUUAAUACAUGAUGUAUCACAUUGGAGGUGACAAAAAAUCAUUGAUUUGGUAUUUCUGUCCUUGCAGCCGGCAGCAAGAAAUAGAAGAGAAGCUUAUUGAGGAAGAGACGGCUCGAAGAGUGGAGGAACUUGUAGCAAAGCGGGUAGAAGAAGAACUGGAGAAACGGAAAGAUGAGAUUGAGCGGGAAGUUCUGCGCAGGGUGGAGGAGGCUAAGCGCAUCAUGGAAAAACAGUUGCUCGAAGAACUCGAGCGACAGCGACAAGCUGAACUUGCAGCACAAAAGGCUAGAGAGGUAACGCUCGGUCGUUUGGAAAGUAGAGACAGUCCAUGGCAAAACUUUCAGUGUCGGGUUGUGCCUCCUGUUGCGUUCAGAAGGAGAUGGAAUACAGCAAAUCUAAUUCCCUUCUUGUGUAAACUUGCAUUGCUGCGAAAGUUAAUUUCUAACUUAUUCAGAGGAGCUCACUGAUACCUAAAACAGUUACUCUCCUAUAAAAACCUGUGCAAAGGAUACUUGAAUUUUAAUGGAACUGACCUACAUAUUUGAGAAUGGUUUGAAACUUUUGCCAUGGCUGCAGGAUAUAUCCACAGUCCUUUCUUAUGGGGGCAAUGGGUUAAACAAUCUGUGACUAUGUAUCCCUCGUUUGUUUUGUUUUACCUAGACUGUAAGAGGCUUUAUGCCUUCAGUCAGGGGGCGGGAAAUAAAAAGCAGGGUGCAAUGCUGAGCUGCACUACCUUUCUUUAAACAAAUAGAUUUUCUUAUUCUCCCUUUAAGGCAAUCACACAUUCUUCUUCAAAACACAGUGGAAUAAUUCCGGAACUCUGGUCCCAUUCACUUCCUUCACAAAAGGCUUACGCCAAACUCAUGAGAUCCAUUUUUUCAGUGACUACUAACAACUUCUUUUCCUCUAGACUAGAGAGUUGUAAAAGAGCAGGUUGUCCUUGUCUGAAGUUGAGCUAAACAUGUGACUUCUUCUGUCAGCAGCUGGAGCAGAAGCUGAAAAUGUCUUUCUGUGAGGCAGUCAGUAAUUUGCUACUGGAGGUUUUAAUGCUUGCCAGCACUAAUCACUCCAGGAUCCCAAAACUUCAAGUUAAACUCAUUUUCACUCUACAGAAAGCCGUGCUGAGUGUCAGACAACUCAUGCCAAUUCCCCCCCACCCUAAUUCGUGAUUUGACCAAGUUGAUUUAGUUCAUUAGUUGUCAGUAGGAGAGAAGCUUCAGUAAGAUGAUUUCCCCAUCCCCCCUCAUGAUUUUUUGUGAUGCAGGAUGUUUAAAAUACAGAAUAACUGCAUGUGCUAUAAAUUCAGUUUGAUUUUUACAAAUCUAAACUUUGGCUAUAAGUAACCGCUGAAUUGCUUUUAAGAUUUCAGUUUGAAAAACAAAACUUUGUAUGAUGGAUUUUGGCUGGAGUAAUGGUGCCUUCCCAAAGAGUAGAUAAUUGAACAGCAGGGAAUAAGCAUGAUAACGGCUGUUCCCAUCAGGACACUUUUAUCACACAUCAUAACCUUGAAUUCCUGGAGUGAAGGGUGCCAACCUGUAGCUGGUUACUAGACAUAGCAAGAAGUAUUUUCUUCACAUACUUGCUUUGUUUCCUAUUUACUAUAUUUUUGUGCAGACCUCAGGCUGAUUUAGCAAAACCUCCACAUAUUUAAAUAAUUUGAAUAUUUAUGAUGAUAACUGAAAUUAUUCUUGAACCUUCUUGCAAUAUUUUUGCUUAUGGUUUGCAUAACAAAGUUUCUUUAAAAUUUAUGAAGGGAACUCUAGUUUCAGAUGCGAUUUCACUCUCAUACUUUCCCUGGAUUCCCGGACUCCAGUUUAAAUUGCAGAAGGGACAGUUUGAUACUGUCUCUUAAGCUUGUCACACCCUAGGAUGUUCAGUCCAUUCACCCAUGAAGGAAGCCCAUAGUUCCUACGGAGUAUGGAUUGCCAUUUGUACUUUUCGCUAACAGUAAAUGUAUUUUUUUUCUUAUUAAUUGUUUGCCUUAGGAAUGUUUUACAUAUUUUUGUUCCUUCUUACCGUAAACAUCUGCAUUCCUCAGCUCAGCCUUCCUUGUAUGUUGUUUCUUUAUAAAUGGUUGAGCUGCUGAUGCAGGCAUUGCCAAGCUAACAGUACAAAUCAUUUUAAAGAGGAAGCUGGCGCGUAUGGCAGCCGAGGAGCACACUCUGCAGGACACUGGACAAGACAGUAAAUAUUCAACUUUUAAUGCUGAUUAAAGGAGUAUAGGUAAAGAAUACGUAGGUAUACAUGAUUGGUGAGACAAACUAUUCACUUUAUUUAUAUUUUAUAUAUUACUCUUUUAAUUUGGUAAAUACUAUCCAGUUUUUGUAGUUGUCCUUGUUGAUUUGUGUGAUAUUAAAAUACUAGUAAUAACUGGCUAGGGUUCUCUUGACUAGGGAGGGUUUAGUUGAUUGCUGUUUGGACUGGGAGGGAUGAUUUAAAUUUAGAGCUAGAGACCAAGUUUAGUGGCUGCACAGUUUGCUGUUUGAAAGACAAAAGACGGUGGCUAUAAAAGCUGCCCCUUUAAGACAGUUCACAGAAGAAAUUCCUAGGAAGACUAGUGCAGAUGGGUGAGUGAGUAUUUUACUUUUCUAACAUCUUAACCUGUCCUCCCCUUUAGGAGGAAGAGCGUGCAAAGCGUGAGGAGCUAGAACGAAUACUAGAAGAGAAUAAUCGAAAAAUUGCAGAAGCACAAGCUAAAUUGGUAAGUAGAAGUAAAGUUUUGAUGUGCAGCUAUAAUAGUGUACAACUUGGCAAUGUUGAGAACACUUCAGUCAAUUUAAAUAAUUGGAUCUGAGAACAUUUAACUCUGUGCUGAAUUGUAGCUAAAGGUCAAUGAUCUCUCCUUCCUAGUUCCCUGAAAAUUGAUUCCAAAAUGUUGGGGGACCUUCCUAAACAUCUUUGCAAAGGGUGAAAGAGAGACAUAGAGAUCAGCAUGACCCCAAUGAGAAUUAAAAUAUGCUCUGGUGCUGUUCUGCAAAUGCUUGCAUAAGUGCUAGUGGAUGAGUUUGCACAGGGUUAGAGUAGCUGUGUUCUGUAGCAGUUUUCAUGCCUGUGCAACAGUUUUUACAAACGGAAGAAAUAAUUCAGUUUCACUUGUUUUUGUAUAAUAAUCUCAUGAAACGAGUGGAACAGGUCUUUUCACAUGCAGCAACUGCAACUGCUGCAUCAAACCCAUAUUUCAGAUUUCUGAGAUCUUGCCUAUUCUUGUUGAAGCUAAUGGUAAAACCUUGGUCGCCAGCUAUAUGUAACCACGAGAGAAUUUAAAGGGGGGGACUUACUGAUUUUACUUUGCAGUGCCUUUAUUGCACUUUUGGAGCAUGCUGUCUUGUGAAAGUGUUUUCAACUUUUUUUAAAAAAAGAAAAUAGCUUGUGAUAGGUAAGGGUCAUGAAAAUGACUUGCUUUGUUUCCUUAGAAUAAUGAGAGUAUAGAGAGGUAUAUAAAGGUAGGCUCAAUAGCUGGAAGGCAAUGAAAUUGUAUGCUCAGCCAUUUUGUUUGUAUAACACUAAAUAAUGGUAUAGGAUUUGGGUGUUUUUGGCAAAUGUCUUCUGCAGUAUAGGAUUGGUCCAGUAUAGGAUUGUUGGAGCAGCAAAUAGCAUGUGAGGAUUGCACAAUAUCUAAAUUCUACUGUUUUCAUGUUAUAGGCUGAAGAACAAUUGAAAAUUGUUGAAGAACAAAGAAAAAUUCAUGAGGAGAGGAUGAAACUAGAACAAGAGAGGCAACGUCAGCAAAAGGAAGAGCAAAAAAUGAUCCUAGGCAAGGGAAAGUCUAGGCCGAAACUGUCAUUCUCACUAAAGAGUCAGGAUUAAAUUUCAGCUCUGAACUCUAAUGGAAAAUGAAACAAAACUUUGUAUAGUAGCUUCAUGUUGAAGUGUUUUUUUAUUUUAUUUUCUUUUGUGAUUUUUUCUUUUCUUUUUGGACAUCUGAAAAGUUAGCUUGUUCUAAUAGGGGCUGUGCUCUACAUCUCUCUUAUUUUAAUGUCUAUUGAGUUAAAUCCUUAUCAGAUCAUUGUCUUCUUAAAGAAUAAAUCUGUUUUGAUUCUAUGAUAAAAUGACUUGAUGCAGGUCAGGUCAUUUUAUGAAUUAUGGUAUGGUCUGAUAAGGUUUUUACUGACCCACUGAUCUCAGAGUUAUACUCUGAUGUUAAUUUUUAAUGCUGGUUUGCUGACUUCUUUAAAAAAAAGUUUGGCAAAAGUAUUGGUAAAUUCCCACAGUGUACUGGAUCCUCAGUGGUUUGUUAUAUCGGUGUCUUAUGAUACUAUCCCACUAUUGUGCUUGAUGUUCCUGAUACAGGUAAGGAAAAAGUUGGUCAGUGUUGGCUGGAGAUGUGUAAAGGGAGUUCAGUAUUGUCUCUGCUAGAAUUGUUUUUAUUCCAGUGGUAAAAUUCAACCAGCAUUCCCAAUUGUGUAAAUAAACCAAUUUGCCGAAUAAAGUGAAGUCUUAAAUUCAUACGUUUUAAGUAAAUUUUUUUAGUGCAUGUAUAUUUUAUGUUAACGAACAGAAACUUGUUUUCCCAUAACCAAAAGCACACUAGUAUUAAGGUCACUAAUAUUUUUCAUGCUCUCUAUGCCGAGCUUGCACAUACAAUUUGAAACUAUCACAGCUGUGCGGUUUAGUGGCUAUCGCUGGCUUAGAGGUAGUUUUUGUUUUGACGAGAUCCUCAUUUCAUCUGCUGUAUCUUUCUUUGUCCAGCUUUCAAAGAGUUAAUGAGGCUUCUGUGUGCCUAGUGGAAUUGUUUACUUUUGAAACUUCCCUCGUUUCAAAAGCAGUUUGCCAUCCAGCAUUACAGGGUUAUACUUGGGAACAAGUCAAAAUACCCUUGUGUUCAUGAAACUAAUUUUUCCUAACGUUUGCAUUCUUCCCCUUUAUCUUCAUCCCACCCCAGCAUAAUGGACAGAUAAAAAGUGCCACAUGCAUAUUUUUUAAAUAAUUCUUGUGGCUACUGAAAGUAUUUGCUGGCAUGUCCAACAGCCAUUAAUAGUUAUGGUUUGUGAUAUUAGACUGGUGUAACAGUCUAUGUAUGCCAUUUGAAGCACUUAUUUUUUUGGCAUAGGAAGUUUGCAAUUGGAUCACUAGAAUAAUUUUGUAAAGGCUUUUUGUGUUAUUGUAAUGGUAAACACGAAUGAAGGUUAACAUGCUAGUCCUUUUCUUCAGGCACGGAGCGUUUGGAUCCUGCACGUUUUUGUCAGUCCCAAAAUAUUUUUGGCACCAAGAUAGACAGAUCAGUUUUCAAACAUAACUGUUCUAGUGGAAUUUCCCCCACCCCGGUUGUCAUGUACAAUGUUUCUACUAAAACUGCAGUAUCCAUAGUUUGUUCAUAACGUUCUUACUUGAAUAGUUGAAUCAAAAAGGAACAAAAGAGUGAUGGUGCCUUUUUUAGUUUUGCAAGCAAUGUAACAUCUUUUGCGUCGGGUAUGUGACCCAGAUCUGGAAGAGUCUCAUGUUCUGUUUGCCCAGAUUACAGGAUGAAAAGAUGAUGAUGAAAUACACAACAGCUGAACAGUCAAUAUCUUUGAGAAUGUUUUUAAUAAAUUAAUACCGCUGUAAUCAUUGUGCUGUUCUUCCUUCUACCUGCGUUUAAGUCUCAAUAGUUUGCUUUAAACUGUAUGGUAACUAAACUGAUGCGAUAGCUAAAAGCAGAUGUAUUGGGAAGGGUAUUUUUAAAAACUCCAUGCUGUCCAAGUAUAGUUAUUUUUUUAUUUAAAAAAAUGCAUGGACUUAAAACCUCCCAAGUCCUCAAUACAUUUGAUAUAUUUUACUAGUAUUUGUUUUUUAUGUACAAGAUACCAAAAAGAAGGGGGAGAAACAACUAGUUUAAGCUGUGAAAUAGAAAGGAUAUCUGAAGGGUCCUGGCAUCACCUAAUAAUAGUGAAUGCAUAUAACCAGAAGACAUAUUUAUGUAAUAUGAACACCUAUGGUUGCAAGUGGUCUUUAUGUCUGGGCAAUUUUAAAGAUAUAGCUCUAAAUUUACUCUACAUUUUUAAUGAGACUUGUAUUUCAGUUGCCUAAUAAAACCAUGCUUUAUUUCC